AUGGUGGCCCUGAACAAGAGCACAGGCACGUCACGGGGUUUUGGCUUUGUCAAGUUUCGCGACCUGCACAGCGCCGAUCGUGCCGUGACAGCAAUGCACGACGCGGAUGUUCAGGGUCAACGGCUCGUGGUGCAGCGAGCUCAGGCCAAAGGCACAGGGCGGGGCCGGGGCCCGCCACCUUUUUCCGAAGACGAACGAAUGCGAGGAUCAGUACAUCCCCAUUCGCGUCGCCGAAGCCCUGCACGGCGUCGUUCACCCGCUCAUCGAGAUGGAUUCGACACAACAUACCAGCCUGGGCAUUAUCACAACGCCGUUGAUCGCCCAGAUGUGCGCGCAGCCGCAUACCACCGCAACUCACCUCCGCCAGCUGCCUUGUCUGGUGGCUAUGUGCCAGGCAUGCGGCGUGCACCCGAGUCAACACCUUCGCGCGAGGUUCGGGGCGCCCCCCCUACGCAUGAGCUUCGGCCGCCACCUCCGGGCUACACACGGGAACCUGUCCCGGACUACUCGCGCAAGCCCGUGUCAAAUGCCUACGUGCCCGGCGGUAGUCGAAAACCACCCAGCCGUGACUAUGUAGGGGCCGCUCGAUAUGAGCCUGGACAACGCGGCGCAUAUUCACGUGAGGAGCGUGAUGCUGAUCGUCGCUCCCAUGUUGGGCUCGACUCUCGCGCCGAGCAGCAGCCCCAGAGGCCGUCAGCAGCACGCCACCCUUCCCCCUAUGCUUCGCAGCGAGACCGUUUGCCCUCGCCCGCUCCAUCACCGGGCGUGUAUCAACCAGGCAUGAGGGCCGUAACCCAAGGCCAGCGGAGUCCUAUGCGGCAAGGUUCUUCCGGUGAGACGGCGCGCUAUGCGCCAGGUGCUCGGCAAGCACGCGAGACCCACGGCACGAGGCAACCUGAGGCGCGUCCCGAGGAGUCAUACUACCCCAGGGCUCGCCAUGACACACCAACGGGCCGUUACCAGCCCGAUGAAGCGAGUGAGCGUCGGAAUGGCAGCUACCAGGCCCAUAGCGGGUAUACUCCAGGGGGACACCCGCGAGAUGCUGCAGGGAGGCACCCAGCAGGACGCCAUGGACCAACCAGUUCAGGUUACGAGGCGCGACCGUCUCGGCCCGAAUCACAGGAGCACCGUGGAUAUAACGCACCGACAGCCACGCGUAACCGUGCACACGAAGGCCGCGGUGGAUACGAUGGCUACAGCAGCUACGAUGGAUAUCAGGCCUCAGGUGGACCACCCCACGCUUGGCAGGAAGGAGCAUCACAGCCAGCACGAGAGCAAUUUGCGCGCCACCGAGCUAGAGCCCCGAAUGACCGUUCACGUUAUUGA